UGCAGCCUGUGACCUAAAAAGCAAAUAGCAUCUCUUAAACAUGAAAGCCAUCCUCCCUGCCUGGGUCGGCUUUAUUAGUCAUUCCUUCCCCUUACAGUUAUUCUGUUGUUAUUUUUCUUCUCUGCUUGUUAUAUCGCUCUGCAAGUCCCAACCCGCCUGAGGAAGAAAAGACUGGAGGGAUGGUGCGUUCGCUUGGGGCCCGAAGGGCGCAGGGACGGAGGCGGAGGACAGGGGACUGCAGUACCGUCCCCGAAGCGGGACGCGAACCGGCAGAGUUGGGAGAAGAGCCUCCGCGCCCGAGAGCUGAGCAUGCUGCCCCCGCGUGCAGCGCCCGCGUGCACCCAGCCCAGAGAGGGGGCGACAGGGCGGAGGCGGUGGCCCCCGGAAGGUGUCUGGGACCGGACCCGCUGCACGUGAGCCCAGCGCGGAGUCAUGUGCACCGGCUCAGCCCGGUUCGGCGGCCGGACGUGCUGCGUAUCAACAAAAUGAAACUCAGGGCGACAGGAGGGCAGAUAGCUCCAGGUCCUCCGAACCCCCGUACCCGGCAGAACGACCUCCCCACCACUGCUGUCUCCCGCCGCAGCCCCUCCGCGCGGCCGGGAGUCCGCGGGGCAAGUUGCAGCCCAGGCGCGCCCCCGCCCGCCCGCGCCCCCUCACCGGCCCGGGGGCGCUUUGCCGCAGUCAUUAAUAAAGAAGGUCGCCAAGCUCACCCUUCCAAAAGUUGUUGUUGCAUGCGCCCCUCUCAGCCUCCCCGCAAUGUACUCUUUAACACAGGACUGACCAACAUGCGCAAUCUCUCUCCCCUGUGCUGUGCAUCCCCCCCCCUCCGCGCCCUGGCUUCCUAG